CCCGCACGGCCCGGCAGCCGCUGCGGCCCGCCUCUGCGCUGGGGCUGCUCCUCCGGCCCAGCGCGCACCGCCGGCCGGCAGCAGGGAACCGGGGCCGGCCGCCCGCCCCGCUGCAGCCGCUGCCCGCGGCCCCCGCUCCCGGCGGCGAACCAACUGAAAAUGUCUCAGAAUCCUGACAAGCCACAUUCAAGUGAAGAAAAGUUGAGUGGUUUGGAGGAUGGUCAAGAGGAGAGCGUGGACAACCCGGAUCAGUCUAUCAGAAAAAGAAUACGACAGAGUGCUCCAGGGUCACAUGGAGAUGAUACGUCAAAGUCCAGUCCUCCUCGGCCUGUGUCGAUAGAAGAGCUCAUGGAAACAGCUAAGGGCGUAACCAACAUGGCAUUAGCGCAUGAAAUUGUUGUUAAUGGAGACUUCCAGAUAAAACCAGCUGAAUUACCAGAACACAGCUUAGAAAAAAAAGUAAGAGAUAUUGUGCAUAAAGCUUUCUGGGAUUGUCUGGAAGCUCAGCUAAAGGAAGAUCCACCGACAUAUGACCAUGCAAUUAAACUAUUGGGAGAAAUUAAAGAGAAUCUCCUGUCUUUCUUGUUGCCUGGUCAUACUAGGCUGAGAAGCCAGAUUACAGAAGUUCUCGAUCUGGAUUUGAUAAAACAGGAGGCAGAGAAUGGGGCCCUUGACAUUUCUAAGCUGGUCGAAUUUGUUAUUGGGAUGAUGGGGGCUCUCUGUGCUCCAGCGCGAGAUGAAGAAAUUAAGAAACUGAAAGAUAUUCAUGAAAUAGUUCCUCUGUUCAGAGCAAUUUUCUCUGUAUUAGACCUAAUGAAAAUGGAUAUGGCAAACUUCGCUGUCAGUAGUAUUAGGCCAAAAUUAAUGCAGCAGUCUGCUGAAUAUGAAAGAAGGAAGUUUCAGGAGUUUCUUGAGAAACAGCCAAAUUCUUUAGACCUUGUCACGAGGUGGUUGCAAGAAGCAGCAGAUGAUCUGGUAAAGCUGAGAUGUAAAAUGUUGCCUCCCCACUGUAGUGGUGACGGUGCCACUGGUGGAGCUUCUGCCUUGUGCUCCACAGCUGUCCAAAAUCAGGCCUAUCUGAAGCUCCUAAAGUGGGAUCAUGUAAACAGGCCUUUUCCAGAAACAGUGCUGAUGGACCAGGCCCGCUUCCAGGAAAUACAGCUGGAGCUGGAGCAACUCCUCGUGAUUGGGACGGUCCUCCUGGUCACAUUUGGUGCGGCAGGCUCGGCACUCGUGGAUGUGCCUGGAUUUGCUGAGAAAAUCAAAACCAUUGUCAAGGUGCUGCUGACAGGAAUGCACCUGCCCUCCUUUAACCUGAAGGAAUCUUUGGCUACUGUCGGUGAAAAGGUGUGUGCUGAAGUUAACGGCUGCCUUUCCCAGCACGGGUUUACACCGUUCUCAGCUGAGAGAGAGACUGUCCUGAAAGGACAAAUCCAAGCCGUGGCCAACCCGGAUAACACCAUAUGCAAGCUAAUAGAUUCUCGAAUUCAAAAGUUUCUGGAGAAUUAUCUUGCAUCUAGUCACCAGAAAUCGUUACCUGCUAUUCCUGGAGGAUUAGGCCCUAUUCAAAGAGAGCUGGAAGAGGUUGCUGUCAAGUAUGUUCGUCUUGUCAACUACAACAAAAUGGUCUUCAGCCCUUACUAUGAUGCAGUCCUUGGCAAAAUACUGACUAAGGAAGAAUCCCAAUUUGUAGGGAAGUCAGAAGAAUCGUAAAACCAGUUUGUAUGCUACAAAUUACGGUAUUGUCAGCUAUUUUAAAAAAUCGCACCAAUAUUUGUCUAGGAAAACAGCUUUCCAUGUAAAUACUGGUUCCUUUUAAUUCACUAGCGAUGAUUGGUGAGGAAAAUACCUGAGAUGCAAAAGGGGUUCUGAAGUAAAUGGUGGGGGAGAGAUGCAUUUUUAAUGUAAGUAUGCAACCUCGGGGGGGAUGUCUUGGUAGUUUUCUGGCUGCAAUUUUUAGAUUUUUGAGCUGAUGCUAGGUAGGACAAGUUUAAGAACCAAACUUUGUAUGUAAGUGGCUCAUUUUAGGGCAUUUUACUCUAAUUUACCGUGAAUUUAGUUUAAUUAAUCCAGAGCAGGUUAGCAGCGGUCCUUCCCAGAAGGGGUGAUUUGGCUUUAAAAAUAUCUUACUUUAAAGACUUAAUCAGAAAGGUAAAAUUCUAGAUAAGAGGAAAUUUAACAGGCAAAAAGCAAAGCCAAACAGCACUUUAUUGUAACAUUAUGGUUAGUACGGUAGGCUACUAGUUUUUUCUGCAUUUUACUGCAUUUUUAAUAGCAUUUUUUUGCUGUUUACCUGCAGAUGUUACAAAACACGUAAUAUAUUUUUGUAGCAAAUUUUCUGGUUAUUGGGUAACUGUCCUCUGCUAUGUACAGUACUUACAAAGGUGGCAAUCUUAUAGAUUGCAGCUGUAUUUAUCUCUUGUAAAGACUUCAGAAGGGCAGAGCUAAAGUGUUUUGAUAAAAGUGGCAUUUCUUACCUUUUUUUUGCUAGUAGUUUACUCCUUUUUAUGUGAAAUACUAAUUUUAAAGUAAAUCUUUGUCAUUUUCAGAAGGCAGAUCUGAAGUGUGUGAGACUUUAGGCUGAAAAUUUUACUUGUUUUUUAUAACUACAACUGGAGAUGGUUGCAUAUUCAAUCACGUCUUCAAAAAUAUCCAGGAAGUGCAAAGCACUAUCGGAAGGAUAAGUGAUUUUAAUGUACUGUGAAAAGUGAAUGAUUUCGUGUUAGUUUGAAUAUACAGGGAAUAUUUUCAGUAGAAGAUUUUUUUCACUUUGUAGAGGUGCUCUUGAAAAACUUAAACUAGUCGUAGGUCUUCAAUUUAAUUAGCUACAUGUUGUACAGGUGAGUGUUCACAGAAGAGCUCAAUGAUCUUACAGCCUUACCACCAUUUCAGGCUCAGCUAGGAGGCGAGUUCGUUUGAAAUUUUCCUCGAGUUGAGCACAACGCUGUACUACAGUAAUCAAAAUUUGAUGAUUUUAUGAAAGCAGAGUUCAUAGUGAUAAACAGUAAGUGUCCCAAGUACUAGACUAUCCAAAGUAGAAUGUAUUGUAGUCUUCAACAACGCAACAACAAGUUAUGUAAAAGAAAUAAAUAAAAGGGCCCUUUUAUUGCUAACAUCCAGGUUCAUUUUAUUAAUCAACUAGUCAACCAAAAUAAUAGCGCUUCUAGAAGGAAGCACUUGAUUAUGUAUUGGUGCUGAUGCUUCCCUUUCCAGUUUUCCUUUAAAUGUUAGCGUGCGGAUAGCUGCGCUAACUUUGAGUUUGGAGGAAGGCGGGGUAAGUAAGACCUUUUAUUCCGUACUAGCCUAUGCAACUAUAAAACACAUCUUUUCUCAUUCAUUACAAACCCCCUUCCCCAUGGGGAAAAACCCAACAACCUACCAAAACCCUGUCAGAGCUCACCAGCUCAGAGAAAUGAUUUUUCUCUUGGCUAAAUGUACUCGGAUAGUAAAAUGGAUGUCUGUCUUCGAUAACUCAGAAGCCAGUAAGCUGGUUAGCCAGAAGAAAGAAAUUCUGCGUAGGUUUUUGGUGUGGUCUGUUUGAUUAUUUGAAUCAGCAAAGGGUACUACAGAGGUCUUCAGAAUGGCUGCAUCUGCUUACUGUACUUUGUUAUUAGUGCAGGAUCCACGUCAAAAUACAGCCUAUAGCUCUGCAGCUCCAAAAAAUGAAUUCAGUAGUCUGCGUGACAAAAGAAAGAGCUACCAGAAACAUUAUUGCUAGGGAUUAAAAAGAAAUAACUAAAAGACAAAGCUGUUUUCGUUUUUGUUAAAUGAGAGUUGCAGAAGUUACAAACCGCUGCUGUUGCGUUAUACUGCAGUAUCGCCUAGUAGCUGCCUUUAAAGGCCCCUGUGAAUGAUGCAUACUACAAAAAUUUAGAUGCUAUAGGGGAUGAUCUCCAGGAUCAGGAACAACAUCAGGGUGAAACCACAUACGUCUCAAAGGCUUUUCUAAGUACGUGACUGGUGCCAGAACGAAUAGGGCUGCAUUAUCAAUAGGUAAAACUGUACUUGCUUAAUCUAGGAGACGGCUGCUCCCGGUUCUGGAAUGCAGGGUCUGGAUGUCCACGAUGGCCAAGUCCUGCUUACUCUGCCCUCGAAGCAUGGCUUCUGUGGCCACUAGUGCAGGCGUAUUGCUCGCAGGGUCGAUGCAGUAAGUCCCAUCUCUCCUUGCAGAGCAGGUUUGAUCCUAAGACCUCACAGAGAAAGCAGCGCAGUACCCACAUCUGGCUUCAGUCUUACCUUUGGGGGUACCGCAGCGGGAACAAGUGCCUCCGUGGGGGGUGUCCUAGGCCUUUCAACAGGAAAGAGCUAAAGAGACUGUAAUAAACACCCACAAGCGCAAAUCACAUUAAAUGAUUUUCCAAGGCUGUUAUUUUUAAUGAUAGUGGUUGACAAAUGGUUUCUUUCCAUCUUCUUUAAAAGAAUUAGGGAAAUACGAUGAAGUGGCAAAGCAAAAAAAGGAAUUCCAGGAUUGCUAAGGCCAGCCCCUCCCUCCGUGACAACAUUUCUAGGGUUAUACGUGCGCUGGCUGUUUCACCUUUUAGCCUGGUAGAUCAGAGUGCUGACCUACAGUCAUCUGUACUGCUGAUGGCAGGAAUCUAUUUCAACUUGUCCGAGUAUCUGAGUUUCCUGCAGUCCACAGGGGCUCUUAUGGUCUUACCAGAAUACAAUUCUGAACAGUCCAAUUCUUCAGAAGUUCAUACAGUGUUUUUGUUGGCUUGUUUGAAAGUAACUGGUUAAACUAUGUAGCUAAUGCAUUAACAUUUAGCUUUGUAUAUUAAGUGGAAAGACCAGUGCAGUUAUCCAGGAAGGGACUGUGUUAGCAGUGCUCCUGGACAAUCCAGCCCACCUUAGAAAUAUGUACCGAGUUUGUUUUACGAUGCUGUCUUCUUCUUUAAACAGUCAUGGAAUUAAAAGUAUACUGUAUCCUCUAGAAAAAUGGAGGGGGGGGGAAGCUAAUUCUAAUGUGUACGCUCUGAUCCAUUUCCUGUGAUGGUCUUUAUUAACAUUGCUUUUGAAGUGGCUGAGUAAUAUUUAAGAAGUAACUUGUUGUGUUUGAAUAAAACCAGAAUGAGGCAUGA